AUGGAGGCCGAAGCGGGGGCCGAAGCGGCAUUGAAUUGUCGAAAGGCUGCGUUGAGAGAGCAGGUAUGGGACAAGUUGGAGAACCAGGAUGCUGUCCUUUUCCCUCGCCCAUGCCAUGGCCGAAUCCCAAACUGCAUUGGCUCGGCUAUGGCAUGUCUGCAUCUCCUGGAAGUUCCCGAGAUGCGGGAGGCGUCAGUGGUCAAGGUGCACCCUUCCAUUGGCGCUGCGGCUCUCCGAACAGCCCUGGUGCUUGCCGGGAAGACGGUCCUCGUACCGCCAUACCCUGGUGCUGACUUCUUGUACCUUCAGCUUCAUCGGGAUCAAUUCCCCAACCGCGCAUCUCUGGAAUGGGCCGGCGACAAGCGGGAGUACCUCAAGUGGGCAAAGCCUGUGAAACUCCUCGACAUUCCGCCCGUCGAUAUAGUUGUCGUGGCUACUUGCGCAGUUGCUCCGAAUGGCACGCGUUUGGGCAAGGGCAAGGGCUAUGGUGAGGUGGAGUGGGGCAUCCUCACAGCUCUGGGCGCAGUGGAUCCUGAAGCAACACCCGUGUUCACCAUUUGCCAUGAUCUACAGGUGGUGGAAUCUGCUCAGCUCAACGAGGAAUUGAUGGAAAAACACGACUUGCCGGUGGAUGCCUUUGCUACUCCGAGUGGACUCGUUCGUUGCAAACGGAUUGCCAGCAAGCCGUCGGGCAUCAGGUGGGACUUAGUAGGUCCUCAACUGGAGGAGGACAUCGGCGCUCUUAGCCCACCUGACGCAGUAAGUUCUUGA